AUGGUUCAGAUCAAGGAGUUUGCGGUGGAGCAAUGGAUGGACAAAUAUGAAAUCGGAGCCCAAUACAACAUUGCUGAGACCUGUUGUGCCUCUAUAUCUGUGAAUGACCUCCAGAAUCUCUCGGAAGACAAGUCUGCGAACCCAUUGGAUCUCUCCACCAAGCUCACCUACGGUGCCAUCCGGGGGUCGGAGGGCCUUCGCAGCACCUUGGCCCGCCUCUACUCGGUCAAAACCCCUAAUCCAUUGCCUGCAGAUAAUGUUUUGAUUACUGCAGGUGCAAUCCAGGCCAAUUUCCUGCUGUUCUAUUCCUUGGUUGGCCCAGGUGACCAUGUCAUCUGUCAUUACCCCACAUACCAGCAGCUGUACUCCGUCCCAGCAUCGCUAGGCGCGGAGGUGAGUCUCUGGAAGUCCAACGAGAAGGAUGGAUGGAAGUUGGACAUCGAGGAGUUGAAGGGACUCAUCCGACCGAAUACAAAGCUCAUUAUUCUUAACAAUCCCCAAAACCCGACCGGAGCUGUAAUCCCCCAAGCCACUCUAGAAGAUAUCGUGAAUAUUGCGCGGAGCUCAUCUAUCUAUAUCCAUGCGGACGAGGUCUACAGGCCUCUUUUCCACUCUAUCAGUCCAAUGGAUGCGGACUUCCCAUCAUCCAUUUUGUCCCUCGGAUAUGACCGCACGAUCGCGACCGGGUCGUUGUCGAAAGCUUACAGUCUAGCCGGUAUUCGCGUUGGGUGGAUUGCUUCUCGCGAUCGCACGGUGAUUGAAACCUGUGCCGUUGCUCGGGACUACACGACCAUCUCCGUGAGCCAGCUGGAUGAUGCCAUCGCGAGCUACGCACUGCGGCCCAGUUGCAUCCACAGUCUGUUGAGGCGAAACAUUGACCUGGCGAAGGCCAAUCUCGCCAUCCUGGCGGAAUUCAUUGAAUCCCAUCGGUGGGCGUGUGACUGGGUCAAACCCCGAGCGGGUACGACGGCAUUCGUACGUUUCAACAAGAUGGGCAAACCUGUAGAUGACGUCGCCUUCUGCGAGAUGCUCUUCGAGCGGGUGGGUGUAAUGUUUGUUCCGGGAAGUCUUUGUUUUGGCGACGGCGAAGACUUCAAGGGCUACGUGCGAAUUGGAUUUGUACAGGAGACCGAAGUGCUGCAGAAGGGGCUGGAGGCGCUCCGGACGUUCAUGGACCAGAGUUACGAGGAGGUUCCGGUGAGACGAACUACUAAUUACUAG